AUGAAGUCGGGUCCUAGGGAGUCGAAGCUCGGGGAGUUGAUUAGCUCAAUUACGCGGCGUGACCCAUCAAAACGACAAAUUAAGCCAGUAAAUACGGAGAAUAUUCUCCUUGAUGAUAUUGAAGAUGAGAGCGACGAUGAUGAUGAAUCAGACAGUGGCUCCAGUGGUGAUGGGGAUUCAAAUUCUUCCGAUUCGGAUUCAGGUGGGAGCUGUGCAUCUCACCGAUCAAGUAAUGCAAGUGCAGUUCAGGAUCCCGGCGAUGAUGACUCUGCUCAAAACGCAGGAGUAACUAUAAUUUCGGAGGCGUAUCCUGCUGAUUUAUCCCAAAAUGAGACACCGUUUCAGCCUGAUAAGCCAAGACCAGCCAAUACAUUAUAUUCGGAUCGAAUUUGUAUGCUUUGUCUGGGUGAUCAAAGUAACCUCAAUGAUGAAAUAAUCGAAUGCGAUGCCUGCAAAAUUGUAGUUCAUGAAGGUACGUUUUACCCUUCACUCAACGCUGCAGACUGUCACAAAGUGUAUGAUGACGUUUUCUUAUCAAGCAGUGCAAGUUCGUCUGACACGGAUCCAUGGUUUUGUGAGCCCUGUUUGGCUGGUGUUGAAAAUCCGGUUACUCUUACUGAAUUACCAUCAAAAGACUGGUCAUCUAAAGAAUGUACUCUAUGCGAAGAAAAGUUUUUUGCCUGGACGGGGGUCUGUAUAAGUUGUGAUGCGGGGCUUUGUAAAAACUUUUUCCAUGUUACCUGCGCACAAAGAGAAGGAUUACUUGCUGAACCAGCUUACGAGGAAAAUCCAUCAGAUCCCUAUUUCGCACAGUGCCGUCAGCACACUGACAAGCAAGUUGCAAAGGCUCGCCGUCGCAAUUACCUUACGGCAGUUAACCGGUGCCGACUUCUGCGUCAAGCCACAGAAAUGGAAAAAAAGGCUUGUGCUUCUGUCGAUGCCAUGGAAGACUUUGGGGCCACAGGUGAAGUCAAGAGCACAUUCGUCCUUCUUGACGAGAGGCUCAAACGAAAGUUAGAAACUUUUCGUACACUUUAUCAAAUUAUGCUCGACAAACGCGAAGUACCUUACACAAGACCUACCAAGGCCCCAUUAUAUCUUGAAAAUUCGCCGGUUGCCAUGCGACUUUUCAUGGCAAAAGCUGUGUCUUUAGCUCUCCCAAUUGAGCUCACUGGGAGUUCUGCUGUUACGGAGGCCUCUAAGUCCACAGCUCCAGGUUGUCCCGUCUUUUGUCCAGAUUUUAUCAGCUACGUGCUAGAUCGCGAAAAAAAAUUGGAAGAAUUGUCCAAGAAAUUAACUAGCCUAGAGUCCAUCCAGCGGGAGUUGCAGUUAUCGGAUGCAAACGUUUCUCAUAACUAUAAUUGUGGCGUCAAAGCGUCGGAGUCGCUAGAGGCCCUGCUUUCAUCUUCAGAAACCGCGGAAGGUCAAGGUGUUGUCAGGACUUCGGAAUCUGCUCGAAGCGUUUCGGCCGACGACAGUCAAAGUCGGACAGUACAUGGCCGCCAAUCACAGUCUGCAUCAACCCAGUGUUCUCAAAAACGUACCAGGAAACUACCUCUCAGUUCAGGCAAACGUUUCAGACGGUCACUCAACGGAACCGAAACAAUUGUUAUCGAUGAUGAUCUUAGUCCCACCGAUGUUACACCCACUACUACAAACUCCGCUGCCGUCAGCACCACUCCUCCUGACAACAUUUUUCAUCAGUGUAACAUCUGUAACGGUUAUCGAGAUCAGCAUCUUUUGACGAUUUGUGAGACUUGCAAAAAAGCCUUCCACAUAGCCUGCCUCGACCCACCCCUCUCUCGUGUGCCCAAGCGCAGCAAACUCUUUGCAUGGCAAGUUCUCCCCUAG